AUGGAGUCUGCCGAAGAGAAUCUACGGGCAGCGUUGCAGGAGCAAAAGAACAAAUUUUUGGCUCUACAUCCGGUGUUCGCAUCAAAAGGAUUCACUUUGAAUGAACCCAUCGGCUAUGGAUCUUAUUCCGUGGUGAAGAGGGGAUAUGACUCGACUCGGAAACGAGCAGUGGCAGUAAAAAUUGUAUCAAAGCGAAGUCAAGCGACCAGUACACUGCUUACCAAAUUCAUUCCGCGUGAGAAGGAUAUCAUUCGAGAGGUGCGGCACUCCAACAUCAUUCGGUUCUACGACUUCAUUGAGACAACUAGUCGGAUUUACAUCGUAAUGGAAUAUGCCGAAAAUGGUUCACUGUUGAAUUUGCUAAAGAAACAAAAAUGGCUACCGGAGGGGAAAGCACAUGCCUACUUCGGUCAGCUCGCCGGUGCUGUUGAGUAUUUACACAAAUGUGGUAUCGCUCACCGCGAUAUAAAACCCGAAAACAUCGUUUUGGACGCCAGUGAUACCAUAAAGCUGAUAGAUUUUGGAUUUGCUUGCCGCCUGUCAAAGGUAGAGGACGAGGAGGAGCUGCCACUGUCGAACACGUUCUGCGGGAGCUACAUGUACGCCAGUCCGGAAUUGCUCCAGUGUAAACCGUACGCGCCGCAACCGUGUGACAUAUGGGCAUCGGGAGUAGUUCUCUAUAUGAUGUUGUUUGGUAGAUCACCUUUCUCCAGCGGUAAAAAUGCUCCCGAUCAGUUAAAGAUGAUUUCCGUGGGGGUUUAUUUCCCAGCGAACAUCAAGGUAAGCGAUGAAGUAAAGAACCUUAUGAAGCAAAUUUUUGUAUCUGCCGAAAAGCGCAUCGAUGCUACUUCGAUGUUCAGAUGCAAUUGGCUGCAAAUUGAACAUGAAAAAAUUGCUAAAGUGCUAAAUCCUCAAUCUGAAUGUUAA